AUGCAACAACAGAACUUGUAAAGAGUAAUAAUGAGGACUGGAGUUGACAACAUAACUAUUUCUCAUGUUGCACUGAUUACCAAUUGUACUUAAGAUCAAAUUAAACAACUUUGGUUUCUAUCCAUUCCUAUAAUUAUGGCAGAGGAUAAAUCUUUUUGAUAAAAAACAAAUGUCUGUUAGGAAAAGAAAGUUUAAGGGCUCAAAAAAGGGAAAAAAAAGGAGAACUGAAAGGGGUACGUGAAAGAGAAGUGAUAAAAAUAGAAGACUGAGAGUACAAAAGCUCAGAACCUUCACAGAUAGCAAAGCUUGAAGAUCAUUCAAGGCAAGAUUGCGGCACUUAAUGUGGAUGGAUAUGAUUCAUUUUAUUACAUUAAAAGAUGUUUAUUUUUUAAACAUUUAUUAUUUCCUUCCAUAUUUUACUUGUAUUGUUUCAAAUUUUAGUUUGUCACACAGUGCAGGACUCUCUGUGCCACUUUUUUAUGUUAUGUUAUGUUUUACUUUUCUCCAACAGAUGAAGUUGUUGCUUUUCCUUAUGGUCAUGGGAACAGUAUCUGCAGAGAUUCAAGAUCUUUCCGGAAAAGUGUUUACCUUUCCCAGAGAAACAGACACAGCUCACGUGAGGCUGAACCCAAUUAAACAGGAUUACAACGCUGUAACUGUCUGUCACAGAUCUUUCACAGACCUCAAGAGAGACCACACCUUUUUUUCUUUGGCAACUCCCUUUGACACCAGCGCUUUCCUGAUUUUAUGGCAGAACCAAGAGAUAGAUCCCCAUGUCAAAAGUGAAAGGGUUGAAUAUGGAGGAUGGGACUAUAAGCCAAACAUGUGGCACUCGAUCUGCACCACAUGGGACUCUGUGACUGGACUGGUACAGAUAUGGUUUGAUGGGUUACCUUCAAUCAGAAGAUUUAUCAUCUCUGGAUCCAUCACUGGGACAGUCAAGGCUAUUUUAGGACAGGACCAAGACACCCAUGGUGGGGGGUUUGACAUUCACCAGAGUUUUGUUGGCAUGUUAACUGAUGUCCACAUAUGGGACUACACCCUUUCUCCAUGUGAGAUCCGGCACUACACUGAAGAAAUGCACUUCACAACUGGAAAUGUGCUGAACUGGAGCGCACUGGACUUUGAGAUUAUUGACAAUGUGCUGAUUGAAAAUAGGUUUCAAAUUUGUCACUGAGCUUCAAAAUAUUCAAGUUAGCUUGUGGUCUUAAACCAUCCUUUUUUUGAAAUGUAAAAGACAUUGGUUGAUAUAAAUUGUUCCAAAUUUUGUUUAU